GGAAACUGCUUUCUAUAGUCUCACCUUUACUGUAUAUUAACUCCCCUCCGCGUAGCGUAUAAAUGACGCGGACUUUCUGUUUCACUUUAGAUUUCGGCCUUCUCCUCUGGACGUUUUUCGCUUGGAAAUUAUGUUGACAUAAACGACCAGUAUCAUCAUCAUCCUCCAGACGAGCUGACAACACGUGUCCAGUCCAUUGGGACUUUGAGAUUGGUGCCGUGAGUUAUCUUGAAGAAAUGGAUUUCCAAACUUUGUUGCUGAACAUAAGCAAGGCACUGUCUAAAGAUGAGGUGAAAGCCUGGGUCUUUCUUUGCACUGACCUCCUGGGCCAAAAGUCACAAUCAGUGGAAACGGCCAGUGAGCUCUUCUCCUGUCUGAUGAAACAAGACUACCUCUCACCUGAGAACCCACAGCUCUUGACUGACCUCCUGCUCACUAUUGAACGCCAUGCCCUCGUCCGGGACCUUGGUCUUAAACCAUAUACAGCAAGGAGUCUCAUCUCUCCCUACAGGAAGCUGCUGUACAGCCUGUCUGAAGACAUUACUGACAGUGAGCUGAGAGAAGUCAAGUUCUUGUUAGAGAAGAUGCUCCCACGUAGAAAACGGGAAGAACAUAUCACUACACUGGAAGUCUUCCUGGAGAUGGAGCGCAAGGACCUCCUUAGUGAAAGUGACCUAAGGAAGCUGGAGUUCAUAAUUGGGGAGGUGUGUCCCAUGCUGAAUAAUAAGAUCAACCAGUUUAAAGCACUGCGAGUGGGAACUGAUGCUACAUCAGCUCAAGAAAACAAGGCCCCUUCUGAUAUGCCGAUGUCUCGGGCUACAAGUAUUGAGGAUUUGGGAACAUAUCCUAUGACUUCUGAAAAGAGGGGCAUCUGUUUAAUUGUUAACAACUACGACUUCAGUAAAUCCACAGUGCCUCUAAAGCUACGGGGGGGAACUGAUGUUGAUGAGAAACGUUUGGAGAGUGUGUUUCAGUGGCUCGGCUUUGAGGUGGAGAACCACCAUGACUGUGAUGGGAAUAAGAUGCUGUCUGUGUUUAGGGAGCUCAGCAGAAGAGACCACAGUCAGAUGGACUGCGUAGUAUGCUGUGUUCUCAGCCACGGAGUGGAAGGAAGCGUGUAUGGUGUGGAUGGAUCCAGUGUCAAGAUCAGUUGUUUGACAGACCCCUUCAAUGGAUUAAAAUGCCCCUCAUUAGCAGGCAAGCCUAAGCUGUUCUUCAUCCAGGCCUGCCAGGGGAUCAAUGAGCAGAAUGCCGUCUACAUCGAAUCUGAUAGCCCUGCAUACAGCUUUCUUUGCAGUGAUGCUGUAGCAACUAAAGACGGCAUCCCAUCUAGUGCAGAUUUCCUGCUGGGAAUGGCCACAGUUCCGUCUUUUGUCUCCUUCAGAGACAAAAUCAGAGGCACCUGGUUUAUUCAGUCUUUGUGCCAAAACCUUGUUCAGAUGGUGCCCAGGGAGUGUGAUCUUAUGUCUGUCCUGACAAAAGUGAAUGCGGAUGUUAGCCAGAAGAGUGAUGAGUCUGGUCGAAGAAAGCAGAUGCCUCAACCAGCCUUCUCACUCAGGAAGAAAGUGGUCUUUCCAAUCCCCAAGGUCCCUCCUCCAAGUCUGUAGCACUAAAAACAGUGUGCCGUCUCACAGCUGAUGAUCCUGGCAGAAGAGGGGGAGAAAAGCUGAAGAAGGAAGAGGACUUGGUGAAUUAAGGCCUAUCAAAGGAAUUUGCGUACUUAUUUGACCAUAACUAACAGUAUGGUCUGCCCAGCUGUGGAUCCUGCAGGCAAUUUCACGUGUUUCAGUGGUGAAUGGAAAUGGACCCUUAGCACAAAGCAUUAAAAAAAGCUGAUUUGUAAAUGGCACCCUGGGAAGUUUCUAGCAGACCUUGGUUUAAGAGCUCAUUACUCAGGUGGAAAAAGGGCUUUGCAUACAGCUCACAUUUUCUCCAAUCUUUUGUUUUUUGGACUAUUUACUCCCUUUUGAUGGAUGAAUCAGGGUUAUGUUUUUGUGUUUCUCUGCACUU